AUUACCUUAGACAUGGCCAAGACCAGCUUAUGUCUGGUACCAAUUCUCUGUCAAUUUCUGGGACUACAUGCCGCUUUGCUAGACUCUUUACUUAAUCAGAGUACCAUAUACUACCUUAAACCAUCAGCGGAUGUUUCCCUGGAGAAUGUGGAACAGUUGUCGUCUGUGGAAUCUGUUAAGUUGAUUGUCCACGGUUACCUGGGAUCUUGCACCCAUGGCUCUAUAAUGCCUCUGAGAAAUGCCUAUACUGCUCAGGGAUAUGAGAAUGUUUUGGUGGCUGACUGGGGUCCUGUGGCCAAUCUAGAUUAUCCCAGUUCGCGAUUGGCUGUGAAGAACGUGGCCCAGAUUCUAGCCAAAUUAUUGGAGGAAUUCCUACAGCGCCAUGGGAUCUCCUUAGAAGGAGUCCAUGUCAUAGGACACAGCUUGGGAGCUCAUAUCGCAGGACGAAUUGGACGUUAUUUCAACGGAUCUUUGGGCAGAGUUACGGGUCUGGAUCCGGCUCUUCCCCUAUUUUCAAGCCGAUCGGAUGAUAGCUUGCACUCGAAUGCCGCUCAAUUCGUGGAUGUGAUUCACACGGACUAUCCCUUGUUUGGCGACAUUCGACCUCGAGGAACUGUGGACUUCUAUCCGAAUUUUGGACUGGCUCCACAGCCAGGAUGCGAAAAUGUGGAUGUUGUUGCUGCCAGUAAGCUACUCCACGAGGCUUAUAGUUGCAGUCACAAUCGAGCAGUCAUGUUCUACGCUGAAUCAAUUGGAAUGCCUGAGAAUUUUCCAGCGGUUUCUUGCAGUUUAACGGCCAUUAAAAGUCGGCGUGUAGAGGACUGCCUAAGGGAAAAAUCAAAAACUAAUACAGAAAACGCAAAUGAUUAUCAAACUGUCUUUAUGGGCGAACAUGUUAACCGCAGCGCCACCUUGUACUAUUAUUUGGAAACUAAUGGAGCGCCACCCUACGGCCAGGGCAGGAACUCACAUUUCUGAUUUUACUUGUCGCACUUAAGUAUAGAUGGCGGUUAAACCCCGAAAACAUGUAUUUCUUCAGAAAUAGAUGCCGCCACCUAACAACCCAUUUGGACCCACAUUCUAUAAAAGAAUAUAUUUUAUUAUAAUUCUU